CGCAAGACUACAGCAGGAUUUGGGGCCGGCAACCCGAAGAACAAACGCGUCAUUGGGACCAUUCACAUCGGCCGACACGGGGUAGCCUUUCUAGUUGAUAAGACGCUCAUCAAGGACAUGAAGAAGGUCAUGUUCGACCCUCCCCAGAGUCGAAGCAACAACACGGCCAUUCAGAAAAGCGUGCGUUUGGUGAUUGAGGGCGUUGUAGUAUUGGAGAUGCUGCUGUGCAACUCUUCGUGGGACGACUGCAUGUAUGGAUUGCUGCCUUACCUGCGGCUUCGCUGCCUGCACAAAGCUCUU